AUGGCUACCCCUAGUGUCCUCGCUUUUGACGCUGAGGGUCGGGCCAUUGACUUUGAUGUCUGGGUAGAUAACCUGCAGCUUUUCCUACAGUGCGAUAGGGCAGACGGUCUCUCCCUCUUUGACCUCACCUCUGGUGCCUCUCCUCCCCCUGCUGCUGAUGCUGACGCCACUGUUCGCUCACAGUGGUCCACACGCGAUGCUGCUGCACGUCUUGCUGUGCGUCGCCACCUGCCUACCUCUGAGCGUGCGCACUUUAGCCAGUACAAGAGUGCUCAGACCUUGUACGACGCUGUAGUUGUACGCUACUCCUCCCCUGCCUUUGCUGCACUGAGCCGCCUCAUGCUACCGUACCUCUUCACUGACCUUGCUGCCUUUCCCACAGUCGCUGACCUCAUUACGCACCUCCGCACUAGUGACACUCGCUACCGCGUUGCGCUUCCUGCUGAGUUCUGCGCCAAGAACCCCCCCCCCAUGUACAUCACUCUUUACUACAUAGUCACCCGCCUCCCUGACUCCCUUCGCGUAGUCAGGGACCACUUCCUCUCAGUUUGCCCCACCACCCUCACCGUUGACCUCCUCGAGAAGGCCCUCCUAGCAGCGGAGAACAGCAUAGUUGCUGUAGGAGCCUCUCGUGGUGACCCUCUCAUCCCCAUCUUUGAGGGGUGUUCCCCCUCCCCCCUUUUGCCCUCUGUUGCCUCUACUGCUGUGGCCGACCUCGUUGGGCUUGAGUCGGUCGGUGCGGCGUCUACCACUAGCGGGAGACGCCGCCCUGGCAAGGGCAAGGGGGGCAGGGGCACUGGAGGAGCUAGCGGGGGCGGUGGAGGCGGCGGUGGAGGCGGCGGAGGGAGUGGGGGUGGCGGUGGGGGUGGUGGCAGGGGUGGAGGUGUCGGUGGCGGCAGUGGAGGCGGAGGCGGCGGCGGUGGCGGUGGGAGCGGAGGUGGCGGAGGUGGCGGCGGUGGAGGAGGCGGUGGCGGAGGAGGUGGAGCUGGUCGGGGUGGCGCUGCGCAGAGGGUCGGCUCCGGUGGUGGUCAGCGCCAGCAGCAGCAGCAGCAGCGCACUCGUGACAUCCCCCCCCCUCAGCAGCUCCGUGAGUGGUACGCUGCACGCCAGCGAGGUGGGGGUACUGGUCCGUGCACCUACGUCCUACGCACCGGCGACCGCGCGGGUGAGCAGUGUGGGGGUGCGCACUCCACCCAGCGCUGCUUUGGCCGCCUGACGGACGCUUGGCGUCACCAGUUCCCGGAGGCCACGGAGAUCGCCCGCUGGGGUGAGCUGUCUUGGGCGGGAGUAGCUAUCUUUGACCUUGACUUUGAUGCUAUUCUUGCUGCCAUGUAUGCUCUGACUAUAAGUGAUGAGGGUGACUGUUACCGGUGUUUCCCGCCCGGCCUGGGCAUUGAGAAUGCUGCUCUAGGUACUGGUGAGGCUGCUGCUCUAGGUGCUAGCGAGGCUGCUGCUCUAGGUGCUAGUGCGUCUGCUUCCUCAGGUGCUGGUGAGUCCGCGCUCUCAGGUACCGAGUCGGCUUCGGCCUCCCUCACCUUCACACUUGACUCGGGGGCUUCUCGCUCCUUCUUUCGAGACCGCACCACACUCACGCCGCUUGGUCGGCCAGUUGCAGUCUCUCUGGAUGACCCCUCUGGGGGUCCUGUCCUUACUCACUACUCCACUGUCCUCCCGUGUCCGGCGGCCCCCUCUGGCACCCUGUCUGGUCUUUACCUCCCCUCGUUCUCUACGAACUUGGUGAGUGGUGCUGACCUACAGGAUGCGGGGGUUCACCACUUCACUCCUGCGCGUCAGCGGGUGACCCACUGCACGGACGCUCGGACGGGCCGACACCUGGCCACGUUUACACGUCGGCUGGGGUCGAGCCUGUACAGACUGACCACCGCGUCUCCUCUAGUCACUGCGUCUGGUCAGGUAGCUGCGUCGGGUCAGGUGUUUGCUGCAGCGUCUAGGUCUGGUCCUAAGUCUGCCCCCUGCUCGUGUCGCCUCCUGUCUCACGAGACUCUCCUCUGGCACCACCGCCUAGGUCACCCCUCCUUGCUUCGUCUCGGAUGCAUGGCCUCCCGUGUCCUUGUCUCUGGUCUUCCCCGGUCCCUCCCUCCCCUUCAUCCUGGGUCUGGCCCUACCUGCGUCCCUUGUGUCGAGGGGCGGCAGCGGGCUGCCCCUCACUCCUCCCAGUUUCCUCCGACAGAGGCCCCGCUGCAGACGCUUCACAUGGACGUGUGGGGCCCGGCCCGCGUCCGUGGACAGGGUCACGAGCGCUACUUCCUGCUGGUGGUUGACGACUACUCGCGUUACACCACAGUCUUCCCCUUGCGCAGCAAGGGUGAUGUCACUGCGGUGUUGAUCGACUGGAUCCGCGCAGCUCGUCUCCAGCUCAGGCAGAGCUUCGGCUCGGACUUUCCUGUUCUGCGUCUGCACUCUGACAGAGGCGGAGAGUUCUCCUCUGGCCUUCUGCGAGCCUACUGUCGUGCACGAGGCAUACGCCAGACCUUCACGCUUCUAGACUCCCCACAGAAAAAUGGGAUUGCUGAGUGCCUCAUUGGCAUGGUCAUGGAUGUCGCUCGUACGUCCAUGAUGCAUGCAGCUGCCCCCCAUUUUCCGUGGCCGUUUGCGGUUUGGUACGCGGCGCAUCAGCUCAACCUUCACCCCAGGGUCUCCAUGCCGGAGACCUCCCCAGCUUUGCUGUGGACGGGGAAGGUUGGCGAUGCGUCUGCGUUCCGUGUCUGGGGAUCUCGGGCGUUUGUUCGCGACUUGUCUGCGGACAAGCUGUCCCCUCGUGCUGCUCCUUGCGUCUUCCUUGGCUUCCCCCCUGAAGCGCCAGGGUGGCAGUUCUACCACCCCACCUCUCGCCGUGUUCUGUCCUCCCAGGACGUCACGUUUGACGAGUCGGUCCCCUACUAUCGCCUCUUCCCCUACCGCACUCCGUCCCUCCCCCCGCCGCCGCUCUUCCUUGUACCAGGUCCCCCCUCGGUAGACCCCCUCCCCCCUCAGGGUCCUGCCCCUUCAGGUUUGUCCCAGGUAGACGCAGUCGAGCCUGUCGAGGUUACUGGUGACUCUGGUGCUGCUGAGGGUGCUGAGCCUGGGGGUGCUGACUCUGGGGGUGCUGAGCGUGUGGGUGCUGCGCCUGGGGGUACUGAGCCUGCGGGUGCUCCUACUGGGGGUGCUGAGCCUGGGGGUGCUGCGACAUGGGGUGCUGAGCCCGGGGGUGCUGCGACUGGGGGUGCUGAGCCUGGAGGUGCUGAGCCUGGGAGUGCUACGCCUGGAGGUGCUGAGCCUGGAGGUGCGGAGCCUGAGGGAGUUGGGCCUACUCGUGUGGCGUCUGGUGGUGCUGGGCCUGGAGGUUCUCCGGGUGCUUCGUCUCGACGGGAGCCCCUCUCUCCACAGGAGCUACGUGAGUGGUUUGCCCGGCGCUGGAGGCGUGCUGCUGGAGCUGGAGGUUCUCCACCUGCUGAGGGUGCUGGUGCCGCGGGUACCGGAGGUGCUUGUGCUGGGAGUACUGGAGUUGCUGGGCCUGCGGGUGCGACUGGAGCUGGUGCUGCUGAGGGUGUUGGCGCUGAGGUUGCUGCUGUCGGUCCUGGAGGCGGACCUGCUGGGGGUACUACUGGUGCUGCUGGAGGUACUGGAGCUGGAGGCGCUCCUGGCGCUGGUGCUGCCGCUGGGGGUACUGGUGCUGUCUCUGCUGUGUAUGGAGUCGCCGCGCGGCCUCGUCCGUACUUCGUUCCGCUCCUGCAGCAGGUUCUUGGUCUCCCGCCUUCUACUGGUCCUUCUCCUCCCUUAGAGUGUCCACAGCAUGUCCCGUCACAGUUACAGCCGGCCUCCCCACUGCCUGCUCCUUCUCCCUACACUGGUCCUACUGGAGGUCUUGCUGAGCGUCGUGAGCCUGCGUCUCGCCCUGCGUCGCCUGUUCGUGCUGCUCGCACUAGUGGUCGUGGUUCGCGUCAGCGUCCUCCUCCUGUCCCUGGCACGCACCGGAUGUCUCUGCGUCCUUCCACUGCUCCUCUGCGUGCCCCUUUGCCUUCUCCUCCUGAGUCCUCUCUUCCUGCUCUUGCCGACCCGGAGUCGGACUCUCUUCGUGCUGCUAGUCCUACUGUCACGCGUCUCCUUGCUACUGUCGUCACUGACCCUUCCUUUGAGUCCAGUGCUGCGUCUGCCCUAGUUACUAAGCUCGUCGACUUUGCUACUCGCUGUCGUCUAGACUACGCUGCUAGUCUUGUCGCUGAGUCUGAGUCUGUCUGUCCUCCGUCCGUCGGGGGUGAGUGUGCCCUUGGCACGGACGUCCUUGAGGACAGGCAGGAGGAGUUCCAGUGUCUGGCUGCUGCUUCACCUCAUCUUGUGUCCGUACUGCUUACCCCUGAGGGAGACCCGGAUGCACUUGACAUCCCGACUCCGCGCUCUUACGCGGAGGCGAUAGAGGGUCCCUACUCCUCUCAGUGGCGGGUAGCUAUGGACGCAAAGAUGGCUUCCUGGAAGUCCACAGGCACCUAUGUUGACGAGGUUCCCCCGCCUGGGGGAACAUCGUCAGUGGCAUGUGGAUUUUCAGGGGUACUGCUGCACAUAGCUGCUCACCGUGAGUACGAGCUGCACUCUCCCGACUUCAGCACGGCUUUCUUGGAGGGCAGCCUGCACGAGGAGAUCUGGCUGCGUCGCCCACCUGGCUUCACUGGGUCUUUUCCUCCUGGCACCCAGUGGAGCCUCCGGCGGCCAGUCUACGGUCUCCGCCAGGCACCGCGUGAGUGGCACGACACACUGAGGACUACACUUGCGGCUCUUGGGUUUGCUCUCUCUACUGCCGAUCCGUCGCUGUUUCUGCGCACCGACACUUCUUUGCCGCCGUUCUACAUCCUCGUGUACGUCGACGACUUGGUCUUUGCCACAGCUGACACUGCUGGACUCGCCCACGUGAAGUCCGAGCUGCAGAAGAGACACACGUGCACAGACCUGGGUGAACUGCGCAGCUACCUUGGCUUGCAGAUCACCCGGGACAGAGCACGCCGCACCAUUACCCUGAUUCAGUCACACAUAGUGCAGCAGGUCCUUCAGCGCUUCGGCUUCACGUACUCCUCGCCUCAGGCCACUCCUCUGCCUACUCGCCACUCGCUCUCAGCUCUGCCUUCGGAUGAGUCCGUAGAGUCGAGUGGCCCGUACCCAGAGCUUGUUGGCUGCCUCAUGUACCUGAUGACCUGCACUCGACCUGACCUUGCAUACCCUCUUAGCAUUCUCGCACGCUAUGUUGCUCCUGGGAGACACAGACCGGAGCACAUGGCUGCAGCAAAGAGGGUGUUGCGCUACUUGUGCAGUACGUCGGGCAUGGGGCUUGUGCUUGGAGGGUGGAGUCCAGUGGUCCUCACUGGGCACGCAGACGCUUCUUGGGCUGACGACCAAGCUACGCAGCGGAUGUCACAGGGUUACACCUUCAGCCUUGGUUCUGGCUCUGUUUCGUGGCGGGCUACCCGCUCGUCUUCUCUUCUUGGCUCCAGUUGUGAGGCUGAGAUCUACGCCGGGGCCAUGGCUGCUCAGGAGCUUCGCUGGCUCACCUACCUGCUGACUGACCUCGGAGAGCCGCCUCGUUCUCCUCCAGUGCUGUACGUAGACAACAAGGCCAUGCUGGCCUUGUGUCGAGAGCAGAGACUGGAGCACAGAACGAAGCACAUUGCUCUCCGCUACUUCCUUGCUCGUGAGCUGCAGCAGCGUGGUCAGCUGCAUCUUGCGUACGUGGCCUCUGAGGCCAACACUGCUGAUAUCUUCACCAAGGCGCUUGCGCCUUGUGAUCAUCAGCGCUUCUGUAUUCAGCUGGGUCUUGUGCCUGCCUUGCCUCACUUGCUCACCUCUUGA